UUACUUGCUGUAAAAUUUGAAGUGUUGGAAUAUCAUGUGACUUCUUGUAAAACAAGACGAUUUUGAAUAUGUUUCCUGGAAUGGGAUGCUUCUGUCUGACUGGUGUUGUGGCUUAUUCCUCCCAAGCAAGUAAACAGUUUUUAUCUGCAGUUUUUUGUUUAAAAAAAAGCCUUUGUCCUGCCCCAACCUUUGUGCUUGCCUAACAAUGCAAUGCUGUGCAGCAUGUUUACUAAUCCCCACUGUGUUCAUUGAAGCUUACUCCCAGGUAAGCGUUAAUAGGAUUGUAACCUAAAUAUUUUCCACAGUUGAAUGUGAGGCAUGUCCGGUAUCUCCGUACAACCAGUAUUUAACACUGCCUUCAAAACAGAAAUAAAGUAUAACUGAUAACAGACUGCCCAAUCGUUACUUGAAAUUAGAGUUUUAUGCUUGCUUCCAUUCACUUUUUAUUAACACAACAUUCUAGGUGCUAGGAGAGAGCUUAGAUGAUUUACAGUCAAGAUCAAUGUCCUACUGAAAGCUUCAGUGUUAAAUAACUUCCUGGGCACUUAUGGGAGGAGGGGUGGUCUACAAGUGCAUGAAAUAUAAAUGAAAUCAUUCUGAAUGAAGUCGUGUUGGGUGUAUGGACCUUUCAGUUAAUCAGAGCUGGGUUGUUGAAUUCUAAAAAGAAGUGGUGGAAGAGAGCUUUAAAAGACUGUGAAAUUGGGGACUUUGUAUUUUAUGAGAGAGCUGAUGUAUAAAAAACAAGAGGCAUCUGGAAAUUCCGAGAGAAACUUAUGGGUUCUUAUGUUCCAUUUUUUAAGGUGAGUGCACCUAAUAUAUAUAAAAAUGUAAAAUGUGAAUCAAUGAGACAUCUUGUAUCAUAUAAGUACUUAAUCGGACUACUAGGAUCGAAGAGUUUAAUGUCUACUUCGUAAUAAGUGUAGAGAGUGAGCGUCUGUCCAGAAGACAUGUUACGUUAAAUGUGGCCACAUAUUUAAUAUGUCUGGAGAUUUUUUUGUUUGUUAAAUUGUGGCCAUAGAAGCAUCUGAUCAGGACUGGGGCACAGGGAGGGGGGGAGUUUAAACCUUUCCCUUUAUACUGCAGGUCCAACAAAAAUGGCUUUUCAAGCUGCUCUUUGCUGAAGGAUAGAAGCUGCUGUUCGUGAAACUAUACGUAACAUGUAGUUGGGCCUUGAAUAUGCAAGUUUUAAUAUCAGGUAUGGGAAUCGGUGGGCCUCCAAAUGUUGUUGGACUCCAACUCCCAUCAGCUCCAGCCAGCAUGGCCAACGGUCAGGGAUGAUGAGAAGUGAUAACCAACAACAUCUAGAGGGCCACAGAUUCUCCAUACCUGUUAUAGAUACUCUCUUUCUCUCUCUGUCAUAUGCACAGUAAUUUUGCAAUUAUAUUGUAGAGUCCAAUGAUUAAAAGGACAAAUGUAACAUAGAUAUAACAAAUUAGGUACAUUCUGCCCUAAUGUGUGAAGAGAGAAUUUAGAUCCUAAGCUACACAAGCAAUUCCUUGCAUAGAACUGAGCUUCUCACGUGGAAUCAGGCGGUCAUGUAAUAAUGACCCUGAGCUAGAGGUUCCUGUAUACAUGUGCAGGUUCCUGCACAUGCAGACUUCCCCACUAAAAAGAGGUGCAUGUUUGGUUUAGCACAUAAUUGACAGUUACUGCUGAUCACCUGAUGGGGGUUAGAAUAGAGGUUGCCAGGAUUCUACCCAUCCUCUCCCAUGAAGCAAUAAUCCAUGUUGUCAGAGUUGGCGGCUCCAGCAAUCAGUUCACCCUUAAGUGUUUGUGCAGAGAGAAGAUUGGUUUGCUCUGGAAUUAUUUCUUUGGCAAUUUUACCUGGCACCUAAGGCUGCUCAGGAGUUUGCACCACAGAUGUGGAAGUCUAUUCCAGCCCUGUUGUGUUACUGUUUGAACAUCUGCAAAAGGAAAAAAUGAAGGAAUGUCCCAAAAAGAAAUCCAUUAACUUCUGCAGUGAAGGUCCCCAGUGGAUGUCUCAUUUACCAGAAUGUCUCUGGGGCAUUCCUCUCUCUAAUCUGUCACUUCCAGGGAGUCAUGAUGCUAUGACCUAUUGCUUGGAUAAAGAGUCCGAAGUAAGCAUAAACGAAUCUAAGUUGUUGCAGUUUAUGGACAAACAUAUGCAUUGCAUAGUACACCCAAUUAUUUUGAGAUGGUCUGUAACACAGGUGCUGACUGUGUUAGAGCAACUGGAUGCUGGAAUAAGGUACUUCGAUCUGCGGAUUGCUCACAAGCCCAAUGACUCUUCUAUGAAUUUGCACUUUAUUCAUAUGGUGUAUACAACAGUUGUUGUAGAGGCUGUCCUGUGGGAUAUUUUACGAUGGUUGAAAAACCAUCCCUGGGAGGUUGUCAUUCUAGCUUUCAGAAAUUUUGAUGGAUUGGAUGAUGAUCAUCACUGUCAUUUGGUCUCCUGUAUAAAGAAGAUCUUCAGUGACAGACUCUGUCCUAGAAAUGUCAUUCCAACUCUAAAGAGCAUGUGGUCCUCUGGCUAUCAGGUUAUUGUAUCCUAUGACAAACCUGCACAAGUGCUAAAGCAUUGUGAACUGUGGCCUGCAAUUCCAUACUGGUGGGGAAAUAAAACAACAGCACAAGGUCUUAUCCAGUAUUUGGAGCAGAGGAAACAGAAUGGACGCCCAGUGGGAUUAUUUGUUGCAGGAAUCAACCUUACUGGAGAUUUAGGGUAUAUUCUGGCACAUCUACGUGGAUCUGUUAAGAAAAUGACCCUUCCUGCUCUUCCGUUCCUAAAUCUGUGGAUAACAAAACAGCGGCCUGGAUCAAAGAAAGACUGUAUUAACAUCAUUGCUGGAGACUUCAUAGAAAAAAAUAACUUUGUGAAGAAUGUGAUAAACCUUAACAGAAAACUUUUAAAAUAGCACUGUCACUUUUGAUUUGUCUAUUCAGUAUUGGAAAAGCAUUCUUGGGUUAACUUCUAGCAUGCACUCUCUCUAAAGAGACACAAAAUCUACCUACCUCAUAGGAAUGUUGGGAAGAUCUUGUGUGCAGCUAAAUUAUAUCCCCCCAUUCAAGUCCCCCUGUGCACCCUCCCCAGUCCGGAGAGUUGGUGGAAUCCCCAGAACUAAUUUAGGGUAUAUGUUGGGGGGGGGAGGAGUUCUCUUGUGCAAGUGUAAAUUCUUGGCCUAACAACAUGUUGCUUAAUACUACAAUAGAUAAAAGCCUUUCAAAAAGCAUUUUGAGAAACUGUCUAAAUAAAGGCUCUUAAGUAAACCUAGAAGAUAUUAGGAUAAAAGGGCAGACCCUUUUAUGGGGUUAAAUUAACAGGAAGUGUGGGGCAAAGUUUUACAAUGGAGCCUCGUAUUAUUCUGCAUUGGGAAUAGUGCUAUCUAAUGUAGUUACAUAGAGGUGAGCAGCGAUGUUGUCAAGUUUACAGCUUUUAUUCAAGAUGGUGAUAAUCUAAGUAGACUGUGAAGUGCUCCAAAUGGACCUCUCUAAACUGGAUGGUUAAAAUCCCCCAACAAAAUAUAACCACAACCCAGGAAAUAAAGAUUUAUAAAUAAGUGUAAAAUGAUGCACACUAGCUCAAUAAAUCCCAGUUUCACAUGGAUACUGAUGGGUCUCUGUACCAUAAUGACCAAGGAAUAAAAUCUUGGGAUCAUGUUAAACAGAUCAAUAAAAAAAUAUUCAGUGUGCAGCAUCCAUAAAGGCAAUAGCAUAUUAAGGAUUAUUAGUAAAGUGACUGAAAAAUAAAGUGGCCUGUACCAUCAUGAAUUUACAUGGUUGGACCUUGUAUCUGGAGUACAGUUCAGAUUGUUCCAUGAUACUGAAUUGCUGGAAAAGGUGCCCCCCCCCACAAAAAAAAUGGACAAGCAAACUGAUCAAAGAUUUGGAGCACCUUCCAUAAAAUUUCCUCAUAAUGUAUUUGGGAUUUUCUGGUUCAGAAGGCAAUAAUCAAAAGGCAACAGGAUUAAUAACAAUAUGGUAUACUAUAUUUUAAAAAUGGAUGUUAAAUUUUUUUUAGUGUAACUUCUAAAAGUUUGUCAUAUUUGUAUUUAUUUAAAAUCACUUACUGCCAGUAAUUUUCUGCAAUAAACUCUCGUAUCCAUCUUGCUAGA